UUCGGUGUUUUCUUUCUCUGGUGCGCCAUUAAAGAGAAAGAGACACAGAGGAGUUAGUAAUUAAUUUGGAAUUCUCUUUCUGGUCCACACCUCCCAUUUUAUAAACCACACCCCAACUCUAUCAACAUAGCAUAUAUAGCUAUUAACCAGAGUUCAAUUCUGUUUCAAUGUCUUUCAACGAUCCUUUCAAUUUCAUUGACGUAGUUGAUCAGGAUUUCAACUAUUCUCUACACCCUUUUUCUUUCUCUUCCUCAACUACAAAUGCUCCUAAUACAAACACUGAGCUUGAAGAUUAUCGUAAUAACACACUCAUGGAUUCCUCCAAUUUUCAAUGGCAGGAAUUGAACUCCUCCGAAAAUAGUUUCUUCACCGGACAAAUAACAAGGGCAAGCAGUGCAGGUGAUUCUCCAACGGAGGAAGCAAACUUGUUGAAAGUAGGACGUUACAGUGUAGAAGAAAGAAAACAAAAAAUCUCUAAAUACAGAGCCAAGAGAAAACAGAGGAAGUUCAACAAGAUUAUUAAGUAUGAAUGUCGAAAGACACUAGCCGACAAUAGAACGCGCAUACGUGGCAGAUUUGCGCGUAACAAUGAGACCAGUGAGAUUCCAAAAACUCCAUGUUCAAAUAUACAAGACUAUGAAGAUGAAUUAUGGGUUGAUCUGAUUGAAGGAUUAAAUGAAGAUCACACAGCAUAUUUUUAUUUAAGCUGAUAUGAUUGAAGGGUGAAAUGAUGUGAUGUGAUGUGAUCUAAUAGGCAUUUCACUAGAGAUAACUUUUUUAUGUUGCUCAAGAUAAUAGUUAAUAAAGAUGGUUUUAAUCUAAAUUGUAUUUAAUUUAUGUGCGUAAUAAAAUUGUUUGUAUUAA